GUGAAGUAGCACAGUAGACUGUCACUGCACGGAAUACAUAGCUACACUUUUCUGUUAUUCAUAACUUUCUGGAAAUGACAUUUAUACGUUAAGCUUGAAGACUAAAUCCAACCCAAAAUGACGGUGGACUUUGAAGAAUGUGUGAAAGAUUCACCCCGGUUCAGGGCAAACAUUGAUGAAGUGGAGACGGAGGUGGUAGAGAUUGAAGCUAAACUAGACAAGCUGGUGAAGCUAUGCAGUGGGAUGAUCGAGGCAGGGAAGGCGUAUGUCAGUGCCAACAAACUCUUUGUGAAUGGAAUCCGGGACCUGUCCCAACAAUGCAAGAAGGAUGAGAUGAUCUCGGAGUGCCUGGAGAAGUGUGGGGAGAGCCUCCAGGAAAUAGUCAACUACCACAUGAUUCUGUUCGAUCAAGCCCAGAGAUCUGUGAAGCAGCAGCUGCACAACUUUGUGAAAGAGGAUGUCCGUAAGUUCAAGGAGACCAAGAAGCAAUUUGACCGCAUGCGUGAGGACAUGGAGAUAGCCCAGGUGAAGAACGCCCAGGCUCCCAGGAACAAGCCCCACGAGGUGGAGGAGGCCACCGGAACACUCAGUAUCACCAGGAAGUGCUUCAGACACCUGGCCCUCGACUACGUACUUCAGAUCAACGUCCUUCAAGCCAAGAAGAAGUUUGAGAUCCUAGAUGCUAUGCUGUCCUUCAUGCAUGCCCAGUACUCCCUCUUUCAGCAGGGCUACAACCUGCUGGAUGAGAUUGACCCCUACAUGAAGAAGCUGGCUGCUGAGUUGGAUCAGUUGGUGAUUGACUCGGCCAUGGAGAAGAGGGAUAUGGAACACAAGCACGCCACCAUACAGCAGAGGACCCUCAUGCAGGACUUCUCGUAUGACGACUCGAAGGCAGAGUUGUUCAACGUGGACGCGCCCAAUGGUGUUGUGAUGGAGGGGUACCUGUUUAAGAGAGCCAGCAAUGCCUUUAAGACGUGGAACAGGCGGUGGUUCUCCAUCCAGAACAGUCAGCUGGUCUAUCAGAAGAAGCUGAAGGAUUCCCUGACGGUGGUGGUGGAGGACCUCAGGCUGUGCUCUGUCAAGCCCUGUGAGGACAUUGAGAGGAGGUUCUGCUUCGAGGUUGUCUCCCCCAACAAGAGCUGUAUGCUGCAGGCGGAGUCAGAGAAGCUUCGGCUAGCCUGGAUCCAAGCAGUGCAGGCCAGCAUUGCCUCAGCAUACAGGGAGAGCCCAGACUACCACUACAUCGAGUGUCUGGAUAGGACAGCCUCACCUUCCGUCAGCAGUAUCGACUCGGCCAGCGAGCCUCGGGAACGCAGUGUCAGGGGGGAGACCAUCCUGCAUCGUAUACAGUGUCUCCCGGGCAAUGAGUAUUGCUGUGACUGUGGCCAGGCCGACCCGCACUGGGCCUCCAUCAACCUGGGCAUCCUGCUCUGCAUCGAGUGCUCCGGCAUCCACAGGAGUUUGGGGGUUCACUGCUCCAAGGUGCGCUCUCUAAUGUUGGACUCAUGGGAACCUGAGUUACUAAAGCUGAUGUGCGAGCUGGGAAACAGUGUCAUCAACCACAUCUAUGAGGGAGCAUGUGAGGCACAGGGCCUGAAGAAACCAGGGCCCUCAAGUUCCAGGCAGGAGAAGGAGGCGUGGAUCAAAUCAAAGUAUGUGGAGAAGAAGUUUCUGAAGAAGUUGGGGGCCACCGAGGUUCUUGUGAGCGGCGGGCGGAAGACGGAGCACCGGUGGAGUGUGAAGAAGUGGCAGAGACACAACAGCGCCACCACAGUGCCUAAGACCCGACGGAAAUACCGUCAGGAGCCGGGCAGCGCCUCCCCUGCCACCCUCUCCUCAGCCGCUUCAGCUCUAGAGAGAAAGUUCCGACGAGAGUCACUGUUUUGUCCAGACGAGCUGGACAAUCUCUUCUCUUACUUCGACACAGGAUCUGGACCUCGUAGCCCUGCAGGUCUGAGCAGUGACAGUGGCCUGGGCGGCAGUACAGACGGCAGCACAGAUAUCCUGGUGUUCGGCUCAGUGGUGGACAGUGUUACAGAGGAGGAGUGUGAGGUGUCAGAGGACUCUAGCGGAGAGGCUGAGAUGGAGCCAGAGACCGAGACCCAGUCGGACCCAGAGGAUGGGCGUGAGCUCCACCCUGGGGCGCUGCUCUACAAGGCCUCCCAGGCACGCAACCUGCCCGUCAUGGCUGAGGCGCUGGCCCACGGGGCUGACAUCAACUCCGUCAACGACGAGGAUGAUCGCAAAAGCCCACUCAUACAGGCUGUGUUUGGGGGCUCCUUGAUAGCCUGCGAGUUCCUGCUUCAGAAUGCAGCUGACGUCAACCAAAGAGACGCAAGGGGGAGGGGGCCACUACACCACGCCACAUAUCUGGGACACACAGGGCAGGUGUGUUUGUUCCUGAAGAGAGGAGCCACGCAGAACGACGGGGACGAGGAUGGGCAGGACCCUCUGAGUAUCGCUGUGCAGGCAGCCAAUGCAGACAUCGUCACCUUGUUGCGACUGGCCAAGAUGAAUGAGGAGAUGCGGGAGUCAGAGGGACCGUUCGGCCAGCCAGGAGACACUACUUACCUCGACAUCUUCCGAGAGUUUUCUCACAUGGCCUCCCACAACCCAGAGAAGCUGAAGCGGAGGAGUGUACAUUUUAGACACUCAUUCAGGUAGCCCACAGAUGGAUGAGAUGUCUGGGAGGUCGUACUUGAAGAGUGCAACAGUCACUUUCCUUACAUCAUUACAGAUUUGAAUAGUGUGUCUAUCCACCUCAUAUUCAGAACCUGACUUUAGGAAUCCUCUCAGAUCCCCAACUCGUAAAUGUUCUUCACAAAUGAGAACCACUAUUGCAUUCUUUCAAAUUGCCGUACUUCAGGUACUAUCUCUACUAUUAAUACCAAUACUGACUAACACUAAAUGACUUCACUCAUCUUAAUGGUGAAACCACUUCUGUCAACAUGCACCUACAGUAUAUGGGAGCUUAGAAAUGUUGCCUCAAAAACAUAGGCCUACAGGUAUGGGCGACGAUAUCAAUAAUUAUUGUCACUGUUAAAAACAUCUGUGAAUUCUUAGAUGCUGUUCAUGACAUGUAUUACUUCUUUGACAAAAGAUAUUGAUGCUUUCAGCAAUUGGGAAGUAUAUUUUGUUGGAGAAUGCUGUAUGUUACAAAUGUGUGAAAUGCAUAUUCUGUCAUCAAAUCAUUUGUUUUAAUAUUUUUUUGUAAAGUAGCCUGUACUUGCUUUAUGAGGAUUUGCUGGACUUGUCCUCUCCUAUUAGCUGUAUGACAUUAUUUUUAAGCGUUGUUGUUAAAUGUUAACUUUAGAUAAAUCCAAGCACUAAACAAUUUAUUAACCUGUGUUCUAGAUAGAUAUCAGGAGUUGUUGAGAAUUAUGAUAAUUCUUCUUCUUUGUGUGCUCAGAACAGCUUGAUUAUUUUGUUCAAUGAACCAGACUCACUAUAGAAGGAAUAACAGCAUAUUGUUUACAUUGCAAAAUGUUUCGUUUUUUUGUGUGUAAUGCAUUCCUUUGGUCCAUUUAUUUCUUUCAAACUUGAAUUAAGCAGCAAUGUCUCUACACUAUAGCCUAUAGGCUUUCAGCUCACUUAGGAUGAAUGGACAGGGUUGUUUCCUUUGGAUACCAUCCAGUUCUUUGAAAUGUGCUGUAAUGUCAGUAUUAUCUUUCAAAUAAGUUUUGUUUUUAUCCUGGAACUAUAUGGAAGGUGAUAUUUGAUUUCGACUAUGCUGGUAUAGUCUUAAUAUUUUGUUAAAAUGUAAUGUAGAAUGUCUUUAUAUUCAUACCACUAUGCAUUUCAAUGCAGAUAUUGUAUAUAAACGCUUUAGAGGCAAAAUGCUAAUAUAUCUCAAAGGAAUGUAAUUUUGUCUUGAAUAUUUUAAAUUGUGAAACUAAAGAAAGUCUCUAAAAACUGA